CGGUUCAGAGACUUUCAGUUUCACCCAGGCCGCGGACCGUUCAAGUCGUGACAGCUCUCCCACAGCUCACACUACACUACACACAGCGGAGUUCAAAGUCGCGACACAGCGUUCUCACGAGCGAGGCAGAGAGUUCUGGUUCGACACUACUGUCUGUCCGGAGUUGACCGCGGGUCCGUGCUAGCAUCCGUCACUUCCGGUAACGUUUCAUAUCCGGCGUUGAAUCGACGGAGGAAGAGCCCAGGAAAAAUUCCUUCAAAUCGCAGCAAUCGCUGAAACGUCAAAAAAGAGAGCACAGUGCGCGACAAAAUACACACCGUUCUACACACAUUCACACACGCGCGAAGCGCGAAAGAGAGUAAAUUUAAGCAGCUCGGCGAAUUGCGGUGCGAGAGGAAAAAAGUCGCGGAGUAAAGAAAGCAAAGAAUCGUAAAGAAGUAAAGCAUCAAAAGAGGAAAAGUGAAGCAAGCAAGUGAAUAAAGGAAAAAGUGUAUGGGUGUGCAAAUUGUGCAAUAAAAUCAAUCCAAGAGUUUUAGUCUUGUUGUGGUCGCGCGCGUGAUUGUUUUGUUUGCUCCGCCAAACAAAGCAGCAGUUUGACACUUGAGCAUCAACCCACCAACCACCCAACCCCCCCUUUUAAAACCGGCACCACGGCGGCGUCAAACGGCACCAAGAUUUUCCCGAUCGAGUCAAUCGGCGGUGGCCACCAGCAGCAGCAGCAGCAGUUGCAGUACUCCCCGUACGGCAGCGGCGGCACUAGCGGCCUCGGUGGCAACAACCCCCAAAUGAUCAUGGCGUUCAAUGGUUCGAACGGGGCCGGGGGUGGCGGCGGCGGUGGCCAGGACGGACCGCACAACAAGCGGCUCUGCACCGGCCAGGAGAUGAUCGAGACGAUUCCGCUGAACAGUCGGAACAACAACAACAACAUCAACGUCACAGACGAGCCCCGGCGGAAGCGCGAGGUGGCAACGCGACCGAACCAUAUCCUGCUGUUCACCAUCAUCAAUCCCGUCUAUCCGAUUACAGUGGACGUUCUGCACACCAUCUGCAACCCGAACGGACCAGUGCAGCGCAUCGUGAUAUUCAAGAAGAACGGCGUCCAAGCGAUGGUUGAGUUCGACAGCAUCGAUUCCGCCACCCGAGCCCGGGAAGCCCUGAACGGGUGCGACAUCUACUCCGGCUGCUGCACACUGAAGAUCGACUACGCCAAGCCAGAAAAACUCAAUGUUUACAAAAACGACACGGACUCCAGUUGGGACUACACAUUGGAAGCCGCCGGCAAGGACGCCUGCAAUGGACGCGCCCCGCUGCUGCACGAUCCAACAAUCUACGGGGGACGGCCCACUCCUUACAACGAUCGUCAAUCUUUAGUCACUCGAGGACCUAAACCAGCCCUGCUCGGCGCCGGCGGUGGCAACGGAUUCGCCCCGAACUUUUCCCCGCCCGAGUUCCACCCGUCGGAGAACUGGAAGCCCACGCCGGCCGGAACGCACGUCGGCCUGAUGAAGGACCCGCCGCUGACCCGGAACGGCCCGGCCAACUUUAUCCAACCGGCACAGCAACAGGGCGCCGUGAUGAUGGUCUACGGCCUCGACAGCAGCACAGCCAACACCGAUAAGCUGUUCAAUCUGUUCUGUCUGUACGGAAACGUUGUCAGGAUAAAGUUCCUGAAGACCAAAGAGGGCACCGCCAUGGUCCAGAUGGGAGAUGCCAUCGCCGUGGAACGCAGCAUCCAGCACUUGAACAACAUUCCAAUCGGCAACGAUGGCAGCAAAAUUCAGAUCGCAUUUUCCAAGCAGAACUACUUGUCCGAGUCCACCAACCCGUACACCCUGCCGGACAACUCGAUCAGCUUCAAGGACUACAGCGCCUCCAAGAACAACCGCUUCCUGUCGCUGACCCAGGCCAGCAAAAAUCGCAUCCAGCCACCGAGCAAGAUCCUCCACUUCUUCAACACCCCGCCCGGCAUGUCCGAGGACCAGCUGCUGCAGGCGUUCACCAGCAAGGACUGCCACCCGGCCCAGGUGCGGAUGUUCCCGCUCAAGUCGGAACGCUCCUCGUCCGGCCUCGUCGAGUUCCCCAGCGUGUCGCUCGCGGUGGCCGCCAUCAUGAAGUGCAACCACAGCGCGAUCGACCACAAAGGCACAAAGUUCCCGUUCAUCAUGAAGCUGUGCUUUUCCUCGUCCAAGACGAUGAACGGCGCGUGGAACAACGAGAACAUCGAGAACAUCAACACGAUCCCGGUCGUAAGCGGGGGCGUCCCGAUGGCCUCCUCCUCCGUGUCCGCCGUCUCGGUCCAGCAGCAGCAGCAACAGCAGCAGGUGCAGUCCAUUGGGGUCGUACAGGGGAAGCAGGAUGACGAACCAAUGUAAAUUCUUCGUCCACGAUCGCGCUUUAAAUUUUGGCGUAACGGUGUGCGUGUGUGUGUCUGUGAUUAGCCAGAGUCCAAAAACAGCGAGCGUAAUCAGCCACCACCACCACUGAGAAUGAAAUGGGGAAGCGGGGGCGGUAGAGAGCCCCUGUCUUCUUCAAACCCCACCAUCAGAAGCAGAUUCGAUAACCGUUUAAUGAUGAUCAUCACCUAAAUCUUACUUUUAUCAGCAACAAAAAAAAAAGUGGUUCAUUAACGUCCGACUCAACACAAUAUCGAUAUCGCGUAAAAUUUGUACAGAUUUUUUGGCCGGAGAUGCAAAACCAACAAACAACAUUAGUCACCGUAGAAAUUUUGAGAUUUGCAUUUCCCUUUAUUCUCGUAAAACUUUUGAUUUUCCUUCAUAAUUACAAAACAAUUCAGCUUCCUUUAAAGCGCUAGAAGAAGAAGCAAUUAGAGAAGAAGUAAAAAAAACACAAGCAGUGAAGAACAUUGAAAAAGACAUUAUUUAUUGCUUAGGAUAUAAGGAAACUCUUACACACACUCGUAGAAGUUUAGGAAAACACACACACACUCUUUCUUUCUUUUCAUACAUUUUCAACUGUUUGAGUUUAGUAAAGCGCGCGCGUGCGCGAUUCAGCGAGAGUCUUUAACUUUGUUUUCACUUCUUUUAAUUGGACAGCGCGCGCAGAUUUGUGUAGAUAACGUGAGAAUAAGAGAAGCAGCUUAAAACAAUUGGAAAAUCGCAAAAAUAAGAAGAAAACUGAAUUUGUUGAACUAUUUUAAAUAAAUUGAAAGCAAACAUCGUAGUGAAAUUAGUUUCAAAUUGUAUAUUAAAGCGAGUGUAAGCAAGCGGAGCAGAAAAAGAAGAAAAAUGGAGAAAAAUUCAAAUUGAAAAACCUUUAGGUUUAGCUGAAACUAAGUUAGUUAAUGGAAACGAAGCAAACAAACAAACAAAAAAAAACUUGUAUAGAAUCGUUUUUAUUUUUAGUUAUCUUUACUUCCCAAAAAAGAAAAAAAAACAAACAAUCAUCACCGUUGAAAUGACAAACACGAGACACACUCUUACACACAUACAUAAACAUAAACAUGAUUACACACUCACAAGUGUAUAGUAAAUAUUAGAAGAAAUGAGGAAAAAAUACAAUUAACACUUCCACACUACCACCACAACCACAAUUACAUGCAUGAAAAAAAAAAAUGAAUCGAUGAAACAGUUUCAUCCCAUCGAAGAAGAGAAAAAAUACAACAACAAAAACAUUAAACAACACACCACCACCACCUACACUAUUGUUUUUUUCGUUUCUAACGCUAUAGGUUGUCCCCUUAGUUAGUUGUUUUGUUGUUGAAAAUGAAACAAAAACGGCUAUAAAAGAUAAAAGCUAAAAAACAAACGUCAUCUAGGCAAGCUCUUUCAAAUUUAUUCAACAAAAAAAAUAAAAACAAACAUUAAUUAAAUUGUAAUACUACUUAGUUGGUAAGGUUUAGCUCAUUUUUGUAAAUUUUUAUACAAAGUAACGUAAGCGAACGCGAGAGAGAGAGAGCGAGAGAAAAGAAAAACCAGAGAGUGAGAGCGAAAAGUUAGGCGAAAUGACAAAGAGAAAAAAAGUGAGUCUAGUUUUGUUUAUGUUAUAGAAUUUUUUUUCCUAAAAUAACCUUUCUUUCCCUCUCUCAAUCAAACCUUUAAUGCUUUUGUCUUACGUAAGAGACCGAUCUUCCACCUUAAGCGCGCGAGAAAAAAAAACAAUCGCGCGUAAUUGUUUUUAGUUGUUUACAAGUUAAGUUUUUUUCUUGCUUUCAGUUUUUUUGUUUUUUUAUUUUAUUUCUACUAUUACACACAGAUUUAAUCUAGCUUUAGUUGUUCGAGGCGCGCGAGAUUUUUCACAAUCAACGUUUUGCGCGAGCAAGCAAGCAAGCAAGCAAAAGCCAAAAAGAAGCAAAUGAACACGAUGCAGCGAAAACAGAAAGAAAAAAGUAAGUGAGAGUCGAGAAAUAAAGAGAAACAAAGCCGUUUUAAGGAUGUCAAACUGAACUGUCGACAGACGUUGUGAAAAUGAUUGUGAAAGCUGUGUCCACCCUUUUUUCUCUCCCCGCCCAAGGUUCUUCCCGUUUCGGUUCGAGUUUUUUUUCCUGGAUGAAUUGGGUUGCGUUUUGGCGGGAAAAUCAGUUUCUUGAUUUUAUUUUUCUUCUAACAUUAUUUUUUUCAUCAAAAAUCACUCAAAAUUUCGGUUUUUCAAGACUUGAAGCAAAUUAUAUUAAACGUAGAAUUUUGAAGAUUGUUUUCAAAUCAAAUCAAAUCAAAUCAAAUUUUUUAAAUUUAAUCAUUUGAAAAUUCGCCGAUGUGUCGUCCAAGCUAGGAUGCUAACAUGUGGACUUGAUUUGUGUGUUUAUUUGUUAUAGCUUUUUCAAGCAAGAGCAAACAAUUGACCAGUUUGUUAAUAGAUUUUUUUUCUUCAACAAACUUUCCAAAUUCGUCGACGUGCCUUACAAGCCGAGAUGCUGGGAAACUUUGCUGUUUAUUGUAGUGACUCAAUUUUUUCCAAACUCCACAGAAUACUCUUAAUAAAUUUUGGGGUUCAUUCAAACAAAAUUUGAGCUAUUUUUACAAUAAAUUUAACUGGAAAAAAUCCAUAAAACUCGUUCAGGUAAGGUUUGACAAAAUCAAAGUAAAAAUAAUUCGUUAGUGAACUAUUUCCAUGCAAAAAAGUGCAUUUUUAGAAUUCGUUGACGUGCCACCCACGUAGUGAUGUUAUAACGAGCACUCAAUUUGUGUAGAGUUUGUCAAAUUUAUUCAUGACAAUAGCUCCAAAUUACAAACCUAUCCCUGAGUUAUUUUAAUGUGUGGCCUUUAUGACUUGCAUUGUGUCGAGCAACAAUAUUAUUUUGAUUAAAUUGAUUUAAAAUCUGGGUAAAUUUUACAGGAACUUUGAGGGAAUUGAAAAUCUACUGAUCUCAUUUCAGAAUAGGGUCAGUUUUGGUAAAAUCAGAGUGAAAAUAACAUAACAAUAUAAUACCGAACGAAGCAAUCUUCUGCUAAAUUUCUAUUACAUAUAACGAAUUCGUCGACGACGUGCCGCCCAAGCAAUGAAGUUGAGGAAACAAAAAUUAAAAUAAAUCAGAAAGGUUAGAUUUUGUUAUGAAAACAGCAAAAAAUUACACACUUAUUUUGUAAAUUUUGGCCAAUUUAUAAAAAAUCUGUCGAUGAUGUGCCACCAAAUCUUGACUGCUAUGAAAUGGUGCUUCCUGUUGUGUGAUAUGUUCACUAUAGACUUUGCAUAUCGGACACGAUUUUUCAAAAUAAUUCAGUUUUGAGUCAUUUUUAUGCAUAUUUUGUCGAUAUUUGACAUUUGCAAGCUGUGCUUGAACUGAAUGUUUCGAUAUUUGUCGACGUGCCUCCCGAGCUACAACGACAUGAAAUGGUCUGUUUGUUUCACAAUUUUCCAAAAGGAAAUAAAAUCAAGCUGAUUUUCGCAGAAAUUGCAACCCAACCCCAUUUGUUUCCGUUUUGUUUGGAGUUUUCGUUCGUUCGUUUCGAUCUUUUUGUGCCCUUAUUUUUCUUCGUUUAGAAGCAACAUAUCCCACUCACAAAACUCACGGCGAUUCCGUGCAUCAAAGCAUGGAAUCGUCCCCAAACAUACACUAACUAAUUUAGUCUACAAAAUAAAUUCAAGAAAGAAUAAGUCAAACGGAGCAAACCACGCUAAAUCUUUAGCAUAAUUACCAAGCAGAGAGAAGAUGAUGCAUAUACAUAUAUUUACAAUUUGUCAGAUUGAACAAAAGGAAAACAAAAUCUUAAAAUAAUUGUAUAAAGAACAGAAAAAAUAAUCAAUAAUGUAUGGUGGUCCAAUGUUGAAAUAUCAUUUUAUUAUUAUUGAGACAGAUAUUGCGCUGCGCGAUUAAGCGCGCAGUGGAGAAAAAAUAACCAUUACCAACUAAAGAAGAAAAAAUAACUCUAGCUAAAACAUGAAGAAACAGUUUAUUAACAACCAAACAAAACAAAAAAAAGUAACAAAUCUCUAUUCUUCUCUUCUCGGUGCCGCGCACUUGAGAAGUUCUAUACAGCUUCCGGGGCGGAGGCGGAAGAGAAGAGGAAAACACACACAAAUAUCUUAGUAGAAAAAAAUGGCUGAACAAAAAUCAACCAACCGAUAUCAUUCUCCCCUCCUCACUGAGAAGAAGAGGAAGAAGCGAAUAAGCAACAAGUAAAUGCAAAAUCAGAAAAAACGCAUAUUUAAAUCAAUUAUUAGUUUAAAGUGGCAAUCAUGUAUUUUUAAUCAGAAACGACCCUUUCCACUCCCACUUUCCCACAAACUUGACGUUGUUAGUCCCCCCCCUCUUCUCUCACUGUAUAGAUUCAAUAAUCCCCCUCAAACAGACAAAAAACAAAAUAUCGAUUUAUUAUCAAAAGGCUGUGGAUGUGUAAUAUCUUAAAACAAUGUUUUUGUUAUGUAUGUGCGUAAGAACGAUGACUGUGUGUGGUGCAGCGAACCAAUUGUAGCGAAAAUGAAACUCCGUUGAAACAAAAAAAGAAAGUUCACAUGCGAAGCACCCCUCUCAUUUGUUAAUCACUCGUUUUCACUUCUUAAAUUAAGCAAGCUGGCGUUUUGUUAUAUUGCAUUAAGGUUAAAAAAAUCAAGAAAGUAAAAGAGGCGCUAACUAGAGAAUAGACAGAGAAUUACAAGAAGAAAAAAACGACAGACUUGAAGAAGAAAACACUGCAAACCUUGCAAGACUUGUGCAUAAAAAUAAUAUCGACACCGGAAAAGCAAUCAGAGACAUAAAAAAUACUAAAAUUUGUGUAACACAGUAUCAAUACGUAGUAGCUAAAUAUCAUGAAACAUGUUGCUCAAUGAAUUUUCCGUUCGUUUGGCUUUCUGCGUUCAAGUAAUGUGUUGAUUUUUAUCAGUGUGGAUCGCUAUUGAUAAUGGGUCGAUACAUAUGGGAGAACCAAGUAAUUUUAAACACGUAAAAUCUUUUUAUUUUCUUUAACACUAUGUGCAAUAUAAAGAGGGAGAAACAAUGUGAAAUGUCCUUAACUUAAAUUGUCAAAAAUAACCUUCAUUUGAUUUGUUAAAAAAUACUUUCUUUAAAUUAGCCUUCCCUGUUUAUUAAGAGAAAUAUGAUUCAUUCUAAGAAUCAUCUCUGCGGUAAACACAACGCAGUAGGGCUGGUCGCUACAAUUUAAGAAACGUGCUUCGGACCCAUUCAUGGGAUUGGCAGCGUCUGUGUUGGAUUAGAUUUCCAAUAUGAGUUACUUUUGCCUGACAUAAUAAUAUUCAUAAAAUUUUCUACACUUGUCGAUGUGCCACCUAAGCUGCGAAGUUGUGAAGUGGAUAAUAAUUGAUAUUUUCUCAGCUUUGGAUGCAAGAAACACAAUUAAUCCCUUGAAUUUCAACACGAUUUUGAUAAACAAAAAGUGUUGCAUAAAAUUCAGCAAUACCAAAUAAGUUGAAAAUCUGGCAACAGUGUCAAAUGUUUCAAAGAUGGCGAAUUUUUCAAAACAAUUUUAGGUCCUUACGUAGAAAAUUUUAAUAAAAUAACAUUCAGAUCCAUAAUUUUGUAUGUUUGAUAGGUAUUUGGGAAAAAACUUUAUCAAAUCAUUAAAAAUCUGGCAACACUGCUAUAAUAUUUUGACCAUUAGAAAACAUUUUUAAAACUUUUCGAUUAUUUGAACUUUGAAUUUGCAAAUUUUCUGUACAAUUUUUCUCAGUAAAAUUCAAAUUUCUUAUCUUGGGUAAUUCAGACCUUUGUUGAUUUUGUUGAUUUGGCAACACUGUGAUUUAAAAUAUCUUUACUAACGUGCAAUUUACCUUUUAAACGUUGUUAAUUUUCAAGAAAAUUUUAUUGACAGAUUUUUUGGAAAAUCUUUCCGAUACAUAAAUUUUGCAAUUAUGGCAACACUGCAAUGGCAUUUUGAAAACUUUUCGAGAUUUUCAAACAUUCCAAAUGAUUUUGAUCGAAAAUGAGUAUUAUUCCCACAUAAUUUGAUAGCCAAUUGAAAAAUAAUUCUGAUGAAACAUAACAAAAAAUAUUCAAAACCUUUUCUAUUCGUCGACGUGCCACCUGAGCUACGACGUUGUGAAGUUGUCCGUUUUUAAUGUGAAAUGGACUGGAUAUUAAACAUUUUAUUUUAUUUUCAAUCUAGGCCAUUUUACAUUGUUGCCCUAACAAAGUUUAGCUAGUUCAAACAAUUUCUGCUUUGUUUCAUCCCUUAUGAUACUGAAACAUCCACUUACCGUCAAUAUUUAUCAUUUCCCAGAGCAAGUCGAUGUUAGCUUGAUUGCAAAUAUCUUAAACUUGACUCUCCCCGCGCAAACAUGGUUGCAAACCGGCUAAAAUUCUACAAUAUACCAAGCAGAAACCAAGAGUUGCUCCCGUAAGAGCAAGCUUACGACACUGAGAAAAAAAGUUUAAAGCAAAACUUUUUAAAGAGAAAGUUACAUAGCAAAUGAAGAUAAAAAAAUGAAAUCUACUGUACUUCCCACCUAACUAUACACUCUACUUAAAGGAGAGAAAAAGAAAAACAACCAUUACAAAUCAAAGAAACAAAAAACAAAACUAAAGUAAAAACAACCACGAAAUCGUUUACUCUAUAAGAUAUAAACAGCAAAAGAUUAGGGCGGUAGUUUUUAAGACGAGGAAAAUCACGCUAUUUUGACCAUCUCUUUGUUUCCCCACCCCCACAUAUUCCCACCCUAGAGCGGGAAAGCUUGCAUCUGUUUUUGAUUUGCAGUGUCCGACCCCCUCCUCCCUCACCUCUUUUCGUAAGAUGAAGUUUUUAAGGAGGAGCAGCAGCAUUCUGUCUGUGUGUGCGUGUUUAAACAUUAAUAACUAUGCGAUAGUCAGACAUCAAUUAGUGAGGAAAAACGAGCGAAGCAGCAGUGUGUGUGUGCAAGUUACACGCUCACACACUGGAAUAAACGACAAUAUUGAGGUUAUGCUAAACAUAUCUGUUUUUCCCUAGGACGCGAUUUCUCUUAGUUACGAACGCAAAACAUGACAAAAUUACAAACACACACGUUUUAAGUAGCUUGAAGAGUUGAGAGCACGCAAACUUUAAAGAAAAGAGAGAGACAGCUAAAUCAGAGUCAGUCGGUGAGAGAUAAUCAGUGUUUUAGUUGUGUUGGACAGGACCCGAACGGAGAUAAUAAGCGAGAGAAUCUUUUUUGGAUUUAAUUAAGUAAUUUAAAGUGGAUAAAAUAUUUACUAAAAGGGAAAGAAGAAGAAAGUAAAACAAUGAAACGACCCAACUCUAGUGUAAAUUUAGAAGUAUCACAUAAAACAAACAUUUAAAACAAAAACCGUACUUUAAACAAGUGAAAGUAGAAAGUAGUUCAUAUUUUAGCUAAAUUUGACCGAAAAGAAAAAUCGGGGAUCCAAGCAUGCUGCGUGGGCGGUCCUUUCCGCGACAUACUUCGAUCAGUAAACAGAGUCGAAUGGCAUCUUUCUAGAGCAAAGUCAAAUUAUAUCCUACUCCCCCCAGAACAAAAAAAAAUGAACAGAACAAGUCGUGCAGCAUGAAAUAAGAGGAAAAAACAAACAAGUAUUCAUUCUAAAUGUUUCAAACCCGUAUAUUUAAUGUAUUAGAGAAAGCAAACAACAACAUCAAACUAACCAUUGUAGAGCAUCUAGUUUUCUCUCAGAUUCAGCGAAUACAUAACAGCCAGCGCGAGAAGAAUUUUGAAAAAAGAACCGACAAAGGACGAAAACGAUACGAAAAACUGCACCCAACCGAAACAAAAACAAACCCAUUUCACUGACGGAGACCAAAAACCACGAGAGAAAAAAGUCGCCGCAGCGCACUAAAAACAACAACAGUGCGAGCUCUACCGAAGAAAUAUACUAAACGAGAGAGAGAGAGAGAAAUAAACAACAGCAAGCAAACAAACAAACAAAAAGGUAUAGAGAAACGUGAAAGGCAAGUGUCAAUUAUUUAUAUAAAUAUGUGCCUAUAGAGAAGAACACAAACAAACAACUUACGAUAACCGUGAAAUUUUAAGAAACAAGAGAGAAGAAGCCAACCCGAGUUAGCGAAAUUGUGAAAUGCCAAGCAAAACCCAAAACGAUGUCAGUCCAGCGCAGAUUUUAUCCCCGCCCACUUUGGUUCGGCUUGACUCCACCCCCCACCCACCAGAAACGGGUUGCUCCUCCGAAGCUCCGCCCAUCGAAAGAAAGCAAAACAAAACUAUCUGUCAAUUUCUCACCCAGCCGAUAUCCCUUCGUUUCCCCUCUCCCAACGAGGCUGCUAUGAUUUCUGUCACUACUACCACACUGUCCGCUCGCCUCCUUUGAUGAGCCGCGCUUUGCGUGAGUCUCACCAAUACGCACUCACUCGCGCAAAUGCGCCCACUCACCUUUGCGUUGUUCCUUUUCGAGGUUAUGUGCCAAACACAGUAAAUAAAACUAGAAAAACGAACGAACAACUCUAAACAAAGAAAACAAAGGAGGAAAUAAAAUGAGAAACAUGAAAAUUAAUGACAACAAACAACAAAAAAAAGGUAAAAUGAGAAAAUUUUAAAAACCAAUUACUAGCGACCAAAGUAUUGAAUAAAAGCUUUUUAAAAUUCAAAACAAAACCGUGCUUGUUAGUUGCUGUUUUUGUCCUGGUUGAAAAGUUUACAAACAAAAACGAAUCAAUACAAAACAGCACGCAAACACACACACUCACACAAAGUGACAGCUUCCAGAGUACGCGCAAACACCUAUCAGUGCUGCGCUACAACGUAAACACACCACCGGAUUUCCUCCUCCCUCCUCUCACCAAUACAUGCGAACAAAGGAAACGUCAGUCAUACUACACGCUCACACACACCCCCGCACACGGAGAGAAAUUUAACGCAAGCAAAUCAAAAGAACGCAUUUGACAACGAAUUUUUUGCUUGUUUUCCUUUUUAAACUCAGAUUGGUAUUUAACUGCAAUGGAUGCUAUAUUUGACGCGCUUGUCGCGCGGCAAAGUUGUUGAUUUUGUUUUGUUUUACGAUUCUUUAAAAAGGGAGAAAUAACACACAACCAAACACAAACACUGGAAAUAAAUCUCUAUGAGCGAAGGUCAAACACACGAACACAAAAAACAGCAAGACACUGCGCAAAACACUGGCUCAACACACUGGAAAGCGACAGGAAAGGGAUGGGUUGGACAGUAAAAAGGGUGAAAAUUGGAGCAAACAAGACACACGAACACAGAAACACACACGCGUUGACACACUUGAGACACACCAAACACACACUUACAGAACAACACGAAUACUACCAACAUACAUACAAACACACAUGUGACAUUAAGAUGCAUACAAUGUGAGGAAGGCUAGGUAAAUUAGAACUAAACAUAUCGUUUGCAAAAAAGAGAAUAUAACAACAACAACAACAACAAUCUUACAUAUAAUUAGUAGAGAAUAAUGUGCGAUCAAAAGAAAAACACAAAGACAAAGGUGAACCCAACACAUUUGUGAGAGAAUAAUCGUAGGAAAUUUUUGUGGUAAUCGCUGCUGCAGAUUGCUGCUAGAGCAAUCUCAAUACUUACCCAGUAAUAAGCAAACCGCUAUACAUCUAGAGAAAACGUACUUGUAAAACGAUUAUGUCAAAACAAAGCAAACAAUGCUAAUCAAUUGUAAGAUUAAAUGUCACUACACUAUAUACUAAAAAAACGAAUACUAAAUACAUGAAUAAAUUACACUGAUAAGCUGUAUCCACCAACAUUUACAAAACAAGUUAAUACACGUAAACAAAUACACACAUACAAUUACAACAUAAACACUAAUACAAGUACAGAUACAACAACACAUACACAAAAGGUGUGUGCACACAAACACAUGAAAGCAAAUACACACGUUCAGACAGAGCACGCUCUGGAGAAGCAAAACAAGCAUAAACAAACAAACAAACAAAACAUGAAAAGCAAACCGCAAACCACAACAUCAUUUUUCUCCUCUUCUCUCUCCACCCACAGCAAUUAGAGACAAAAAGAAACAGUAAACAAAAGAAGUUGUACGGAAGCAAAUACCAACAUUAGCGCAAAAACAGCAAAAAAA